AUGAAUUCAGCAAGGCUUGGAGAGUUUGUACCUGGCUCCAACUGGACCUCAUGGCGGGAGAGGUUGGAAUUUUUAUUCGCAGCCAACGAGAUACAAGACCCAGCAAAGAAAAGAGCAUUGCUCUUCACCUUCUGCGGAGAAGAAACAUACAAUAAGGUCAGGGAUCUUCUUCAUCCUUUGACGCCAUCACAAGUGCCGUUCCACGAGAUAAUGCAACGUCUCAGCCGCCAUUUUGAAACUGGACCAUCGGAGCUACUCGGACGCUGGCGAUUUCAUAAAAGAGAUCAGCUUGCUCAAGAAACUAUUACGGAGUACGCUGACGCGCUCAGAGCACUCGCAAAGGACUGCAACUUCGGUAACAUUCCUCUGGUAUCACCAGCAACAACGGCGACGUCGUGCCUGUUAUUGAGUGCGUAUGGAUUAUACACUACUAUAUCGGCCAGGUGGUCAGCAUCAAAAUGCCGAUGCUUUCAGUCGUCUUCCGCUCCCCAGUGUCCAAGUGUCCACGACCAGGAGACGUCCACAGGUGACGUGUUGAUGCUCGAAGCUAUUGACUGUUACCCUCUCAAUGCCGAGCACAUUGCUAGACUUACUCAGCAGGACACUGUGCUAUUACUGGUACUGCAGGGAGCCCAAACUGGAGAUUUUUCGCAGUGGAAAGACGAUGCUUUCCAGCCAUACAAGCGACACAGCAGUGAAUUGUCAAUUUGCCGCGGUUGCGUUAUUUGGGGAUCUAGGGUCGUCAUACAAAGGCAGGCCCACAAGUUUGCUCUCAGAAUGCUGCACGCGAACCACCCGGGAGCCUCAGCAAUGAAAAGUACGGCUAGAAGCCAUUUCUGGUGGCCCGGACUGGAUCGCGACAUUGAGCUGACAGCGAAGACGUGUCACAAAUGCCAAACGUACGCGAGGUCUGCUUCUGCUGUCAUAGAUUCCCACUUCAAGCACGCCCAGUUACCUUGGCACACACUGCACUUAGAUUUCGCGGGUCCACUGGACGGGUACUACUACCUGGUAGUAGUAGAUGCGUUCACGAAGUGGCUGGAGGUGAGAAGAAUGAAAAGCACAACUUCCGCCAGCAUCGUGGGCGAGUUGCGCAAAGUGUUCGCAACGUUUGGCACACCUCGGGUUGUUGUUUCCGACAGCGCACCGAACUUUGUAUCUGCCGAGAUGGCCCAGUUCUACCAUCGAAACGGUGUCAAGCAUCGAACAAGUGCACCUUUUCAUCCAGCCACCAACGGUCAAGCCGAACGGAUGGUUGGCGAAACAAAACGAGCUUUGAAGAAGUUGCCGUCUUGCCCGCUUCCUUUUUAA